AUGGCCGAGCUGGAGAAGUCCUGCCCUGAAUUGGCAAUGGUUGAGCUGGCGCACACGGAUGGCUUCGCCAACGAUGCCUCCUGGUGGCGCCACAUUGAAGCUCGCUUUGGACUCCGCUGCCUCCUCCUGCGUCUCGAGGAGGGUCUAGAAACAGCCGCUGUGCGCUUCGAUCGUGAUUCAGGUGGAGCAUUGGAAGUGUCUUGGAGAAAGGUGGAGAUUAUGGAGCGCCUCCUCAGGGCUUUUGAGCAAACCACGGAGCCCCGUCUGGCCAAGUCGGCCCAGAUGCCUCGUGGUGUGCAAGUGGAACGCCGCUACGGGUUAAAGGACAGCGAGACGGAGCUGCUGCGAUUUUUAGUCAUCCGCGAGUGCGCACGCAGUCGCGUGCUUUGCCGCUUCCUUGGCGACCAUUGCGGAAGCUUGUCAGAGGGCAAUUCCUACAUGUGUGGCCUUUGUGGCAACUCCCGGCUGGACGUGCAGGAUUUUCUACAGGAGAAGCGGCAGCACGUGACUGAAGGCAUUGUGCGCAUCCAGGACGGUGGCUAUGGCGAGGCAAAGGAGCCCACAAUCUCCCCAGAGGCGGUCCACGCGCUGAUGGGCAAGGACCUUACAACAGAGCAACGCCUGAAGCUGAGCUCCACCGUCAUCGAUGCCGUGCUGAGAGGCGAUUCUCCACCAGAGGAGGCUCGCCGGAGCCCAGAGGGUGCUCCAUCGCCUCCCCCAGACCCUGUGGACUCCGUGGAUAUCCCUGCAGAGCCGAUUCCAAACGGCCCAGACGCUGGUCACGCCCAGGACGUCAACGCCUCGGAGACCGGCCCUGAGGAGGAUGCCGAGAUUUUGCAGCAGCCAUAUCGAGAGUCCCUGGACUACCUCAACGAUCAGUUCAGCCUACUCGAGUGCGAGAUCCGCAUUGCGGAGCACAGGCGGCAGUCGACAAAGGAAGAUGUGGGAGUCGAGGAGCCCUUUCUUCUCAGAUCCCGCAAAGUCAACGUCUUCGAGCAUGAAGCCAAGAGAAAGCUGGCCCUGGCCCGGAUCAGCCACCGCCUCAAGCUCACACGGGAAGCAGGCCUCGAAGUCCCACGCCUGGAGGCCUUGCACCAAAAGACAAAGCUGGAUGAGUUCGAGAAGAAUGUCGUUGUGAUGCUGGUGGGCAACACCUUGUCGCCCAAGAUCCAGGCCACACUCAACGUGGGGGAACGGCGCUUCCUGGCAAACGCUCCUCUACAGGUGAGGGUCAUCCUGGAGACCUUCUGCCGCGACUUCAAAGAGGAGGUUCAGAAGCGGGUCUAUUUUUACAAGAGCAGCCGCCUGGCGAGCAGCGGCAUUAUCCGCAUCGGCGCUGGCGCGCGGUCUGGAGAUCUGACCAACCACACAGUCCACAUCGACCGUCGAAUUCUGGACUUUGUCGUCGGGUUAGAUACCGAGAUCAACGAAGUUGUGGAGGGGAGCAAUCUUUACAAGCCCAAUGCAACGCUUCAGCAGCUCGUGCUUCCAGAAGACAUGAAGAGCAACAUCCUGGCCUUGGUGGACAAUUUCGAGCAGUUCUGCAAGUACCGGAAGUCCUCCGGGCUCGACGAUGUCAUCGCACAUGGGUCUGGGCUGGUGCUCAUGUUCUGCGGACCAAGUGGCACCGGCAAGACCCUCAUGGUCAAUGCCCUCGCGGCACACCUGGAGAAGCGGGUUUUGCUCGUAAACUUCAAGACGCUGUACAGCCACCACAGUGAGCCGGGGCUUGGCUCGGACGAGGAUGGCUCCAACGUGCUGAAGCUCUUCCGUGAAGCCGAGAUGAGUGACGCCGUAUUGUUCUUUGAUGAGUGCGAGUCGCUCUUCUCCCAGCGCUCCACAGGGGGCAACUCCGAGAUGACCGCGCUGCUGACCGCCAUGGAGCGAUACGAAGGCAUGAUCUUCCUGGCCACAAACCGGCCCUUUGACCUGGACGAGGCCAUGUAUCGGCGGAUCACGUCCGUCUUCACCUUCAGCAAGCCAGACCACAUCCAGCGACUGGAGAUCUGGAACCUCUACACCAAAUCAGGUGUGCCACUGGCUCCGGGAAUUGACUGGGAGAAGAUUGCGAUGAAGUUUGCCCUCACAGGCGGCUACAUCAAGAAUGCAAUCGUGAGCGCUUUGCUCCUGGCAAUCUCCCGCGACAAUGUCCAGCCACAGGUGACAGAGGAAGACAUAACUGGUGGGUGCAUCAUGCAGGUGCGGGGCUCCCUUCAAAUGCAGAGCUUUGCCAAGCGCCUGGUUCCCCGCGCAGGACUCGAUUCUCUGGUCCUGACGGCAACGCUCAGACAGAAGCUGCUGGACAUCGUGGCCUUCGAAAAGGCCAGGCCUCUCCUGCUCGAGAACUGGGGCUUCGGGGAUGUCAGCGGCGACGGCCCGGGCAAAGUGGACGGCGUCAGCAAGCCGGUAGUGACCACAGCCCUGUUCUGGGGUGGCGCGGGCACAGGCAAGACGGCGGCAGCGGAGGCCUUGGGUUUCGAGUUCGGCCGUGCGCUGAAGGUCGUGAACUUUCCGGAGCUGGCAAGCUCUGAUCUCCGAAUGUCGAAGUCGAAUGGGUCAAGCUCCCUGGAGACCACCUUCGAGGAGGCAAAAGCCGCGGAUGCCGUUCUCGUGAUUGAAGGCAUCCGCCCAGACAACUUCCUCGAUGAUGCAGACACUGGCCUGGACACGACCUUCCAGCAGCUGGCGUUCCACAUCGAGCGCUUCUCCGGUGUCGUGCUGCUGCUGGUGACCUCGGAGGAUGCGUUCCGUCUGCAGCUGCUGCCACAGGAGUUUGCCCGCUUGGUCAAGUUCAUGGUCCUUUUCGAUCAUCCCAGCGCCGAGCAGCGUGUGGGGCUCUGGCGCUCGGCACUGCCAGCGCGCGUGCCCCUCGCUUCGGACGUCGACUUCCAGGAGCUGGGGGGUCGCUUCGACCUGAACGCGGAUGCCAUCUCCUCGGCUGCUUUCCGCGCAGCGGCCGCGGCUGUGUUGCGUCAGGGAGAGGCGCGACAGGUGCUGCGCGAGGAUCUGGUUGCCGCAGCGGAGCUCGAGUUGUCCCUGCUGGACAAGUCGAAGAGUGUUGUAAGCUGCCGGCCUUCCAUCGAGGAGUUCCUCCGGAAGCACCGUUACACUGAUGUGAAAAGCUUCCACAAGCUCUAUUUGCUGAAUGAAGAGCGCGGUGGGCGAAGAUCUUGGAAAGGCUGUGAACGCCUGUGUUUGCAAGCGCAUGUGGACGAGCUGCAUCGCCUCUUCAUCCCCAUCUUGACCUUGGACGGCGUGGAGGGCUCCUACCCUGAAAUGUUCGACCAGCAUCCCAAGAACAUGGGCCUCUGCUUCAGCAUCGCGCCCAGCGGGCGGGAUGUGCUGCUUGUCGAGGCGCAAGACAGGCUCAGCGACAAGGAUCUGGAAGGCACCAUGUACUUCAACGGCACUGGCGGGAUGCGACCUGGCCACAUCGCCAAGCUGGAGCCUGUUGCGCAGAAUGGGAUGGAGGAGUUCCUACUAGACUUGACGGACUGGAUCAAGCGCUUCUCCGAGUACUUCAAGGGAGACAUGGAGCACACGCAGAUCCUGGAGAUGAAGGGCUACGCCUCCAACUUCUUGGUGAGAUGCUCGACUCAGCAGCCUUCCAAGAUGCCGGUCAAGUCCGCCAAAGGUUCGCUCACCGUGUACUACACAGUCGCCUUCUCGGCGCUGCCAGACGUCCCAAUGGUGCCCCGACCGUCGGAUCCGCGAGUGGGCUACUUCACCAAUUCCAUUCUGGUAGGCGGACCGCGGCAGGCAACAACCGUUCAACACGUCAUCUCCAAGUGGAACCUCGAGAGACAUCAAUACCUCCAGUACGUCAUCGACCGGGCUGUUCCCAAACUGUAUCAUGAGACCAUCAAGAAGGGCGUCCACGCGUGGAAUGCGGCAUUUGAGUCGGUGGUGGGCCGACCGGUGCUUCAGUGCGUGGGGCCGGAUGACAGUGACUACCCAGAGGAGUACCAGCCAGGUGAUGGUCGACAUAUCUCCAUCUUCAUGACCAAUCCCUCCACCAAGGGCUUGCUUGGCUAUGGCCCAAGUGCCUUCGACUAUCGAAGUGGGGAGAUCUUGAUGGCGAGCGUAGUGCUGGGUCUGAAGCCUCACGUGAAAGUAGCCUCUGACUUCUCGGAAUCCCUCCUGACGUCGCCGCAGAGCAGCUGCUGCCAGCAACUGCUGCUGGAUGCAGACGAUCCGGACGUCCUGAAAUAUUUGCUGGAGACGGUGGUGCAUGAAGUGGGGCACACCCUGGGCCUGCGACAUAACUUUAUCGCAGCAGAGGAUGGGCACUCCUCUGUCAUGGACUACCCAGAUGAGCUCGACACAUCUGAUCCAGCCAAGCCAGUCUUUGGCGGGCACUACCUGGGCGAGCCAGGUAGAUACGAUCAGUAUGCCAUCAGCUACGGCUACACACCGCUGGAAGCGGAAGCUCGUGGACAGCGCCACGUCAAGCUCGACCUGCUGGCAAACGGCCAGUCCAUCGAAGAGGAAGAAGUGUCUCUGGAGCCUCGGAACCCGCUUUUCGCCUCCGAUGAUGAUGUAGGCGGCCUGGAUCCGCGCGUGCAGCAGCGGCUGGCUUCCAUUGAGCGUAUGGGCGUGGACAAGAUUCUGUGGGCGCUGCAGCGUCGCAAGACACUUCUGGAGCACGUGCAAAGUUCUCACGUGGAUUGUAAUCUGUACAGCCAUCGGGUGCUGAACACCCUGGAGAUUUGCUCCCGCGCCGUGCUGGCCGCGGGUGCCUACAUCGGAGGCGCUCUGGUGGAUGCCCGGCGCAGUGGCGUGCGCCGUGUGGAGUCAGAGGCCGCCCUGCGCUACGUCGCCGUGGCCCUGCAGAUGUUGGUCGGCCCAGUCUUCCGCUUCGAGGGUCCCGAGAGCGACCGCCUGCUGGUUAGGCGCGACGGCGAGUAUGGCGUGGCACGAACUAGUGUCCUGGAGCUGCAUGGUCAAGCCUGCGAGAGCAUCCUGGGCCGACUUCUCGAUCCAGCCGUUCUGGCGCGUCAUGAAGGCCAGCGCGAAACGGCCGCCGAGCCCAGGCCUCACAGUACACUGGAGCUGCUAUCUGCCUUAGCUUUUGGCAUGCCAAGCGGCUUUGAUCUUGGACCUGCGAAGGAGUUCAACAAGGUGCCAGAUGGUCUUCUGUGGCCCCUGAGUCAUGACUUCCGCUUGGAGGAGGGCCGCGCUGCCGAUCUGGGCGCUGCCAUCGAGGACCCACUUGCGUGCCAGGCGCGCUUGGCUUUUGCCAAACUGGUGAAUCACCUUGCACGCGACCCGGGCGUCCAUGCUAUGGUGAGGUCCCACGCCAUGGCCUUCGUCCUCAUCGUCCAGGGUUGCCUCCAGGGAUUGAAGGACGUGGGAACUCUCGUGCAGGGAUAUGCUGAGGCGCAUUGGGGCCUCGUGCUCGAGACCUUAAAGGAGAAGCGGCGGCAAGGCGACGACGCAGAUGCCGGGGAGCACAUGGUGCUGUCAGUGCUGGGAGAAAAAGGUCAGAUGCCUGUGAUUCGCAGGAAUGCGGGCUCUGUCGUGGCAAGAUUUCAAGCAGCGCGGAAGGAGGAAGCGCCAGAUGAUGAGGGCCCCCCAAUGCCAGAAGUUGUGUGGACGUGGCAUGAAGAGGAGUCUCGACCCGUGCUUCUACCGAACUCUCUGAAGAACCACUUUUCAGAGGGGGCGCUUGUUCGGGUCAAGUUCUCCGAAAAACCCGACUUUCCGUUUUUCGUCCGAGCGCACACAGAGUGCUUUUCGGACAAGCUGAAGACUGGGACAAUUUCUAUUUUGAAGUCCAUUGCCAGUGCCAGUCUCAUGGGAGGAGAUCCCGAGAGAAAGGCGAAGUUGUGCCCGGCCCAAGAGAAGGAGGCUACUCUGAAGGAGAUGGUCAUGGUCAUCGGUGACACCUUUGCAUCAAAGCGUGAUUUGUGGCAGCUUCAGCUGGCGAUGAUGCAGCACAAAGGCCGUUUGAUCUAUCGCGGUUUUCGCCGGAACUUCUCUGAGCAUGUUCCUUCCAGCAGCAUUGACAAGCUCGUUUCAGCGGACGGGAAACCUGCCGUGUGCGGCAUGGUCGGAGUGAGGACAGAUGUUGCGUUCAGGUCUUCCAGCACGCAUAUGUUCUUGCUCAUCGAAGUCAGUGCUGAGCUGUUUUCAUUCGGCCUUUUCGGGAGAUACUACUGGGAGGUGCUGCUCGAAUGCUUCGGCCAGUGCUUAGACCGGGCUUGCGCCGUGCCAUCCGGAAAGCGCAGUACCAGCCACUUCCUGCGGAUCGUGCUCUUUGCGCGGGCCAAGGCCACGCCAGAACCAAGUCUAACAGGCACAGGGCCCAAGCAGCAUAACAGGUCACCCAAUCCAACGGUGUUCACCGCUGCGGGCCCAGCAGAUGGCUUGAGGGUGGCACGUGUGUUCCUUACACUGAUGGAGGAGGAGGACCGCUACAAGCGGGACCCUGAGUCCUGGUCCACAAACAGGCGUGGCUUGUCACGUGAGGACAACACAGCCUCGUGUUGGCAGGGAAUCCGAUGUGGCGAGCUUGUGGAGUCCCACCAAGGCAACACCCUGGAGUGCCUGAAUCUUGCCCUGGACCACUUUGACCAGAACCACUUGGACAGACUGCUCAAAGUCAGCGGUCAGGUGGUGAUUAUUCUUACCGCUGGAAGUGGGCUCAUCAGAAGCCCCUCGCGCUCGCUCUACCUCGUCACGAACCGCCGCUGUAUCGCAUCUGGUCACCACUCCUUCCAGAUCGUGAGCGUGCGGGAUCCACCAUUCCACCGGGUGCCCUGGAUUGAGUGGCCACAGAGUCCCACAAUCUCCGAGCUGUCGACGCCCGCGCGAAUGUCCAAAGAAACCGCAGUGGACAACCUCACGCCGUUUCCGCGAUGGCUGUCCUUCAUCUGCUACCAGGAUUCGGUGAAGGCCUCGUUCCUGCCCUUCGUCGAUCAUGAGCAAAGCCACGGCCUGCAGUGGACCGUGCCACUCCUGCCCCUGCGGGACAGGAAGCCCCUGGUAGACCUGCAAGACGAGGUGGAGAACUUGUCUCCCAAGUCGAUGCCCACGUUUCAGGAGGAGACGGUGCUGCGGGCUUCUAGGGCCUCCUCCAACCAGAAGACGUGGGAUGAGAUCAGGCUGCCACGACUCAGCUCGGCGAUGACCGAGUCGACAAAGAAUGUAAUUGAGUAUGCCCCCACGCAGUAUGUGGUCAACCCGAUACGUUUCGGACAGGAGGAUGGUGCCCAGCUGAACCUGUUGCAAGACCUCGUGGGCUUGCGCUUGGCUGCCCUUGGUGGCACGCAGCUCAUCAGAAAUGUCAACUACAACGUUUACAACUUCUCGGUGCAGGCAGGUGCCAGAAACCCUGAAGCUCCCGUUGCAGGCAGUCCUGAAUCUCCUACCCAGCAUAGUCAAGAUAGGAGCUUGAGAAACAGACUUGUGGAGCAGGCUGCAGUUGCUGUGGCAGACCGUGUGGAGGUUCAACAGCCUGUAAACAAUCUUUAA